AUGGAAGGAAAUGUGUUUGUUGUAAGCCUGGCAGUUGCAGACUUGGUUGUAGCAAUCUACCCAUACCCACUGGUCCUCACAUCUGUAUUUCACAACGGAUGGAAUCUGGGAUACCUUCACUGCCAGAUUAGUGGCUUCUUGAUGGGUCUAAGUGUCAUUGGAUCAAUCUUCAAUAUUACAGGCAUCGCUAUCAAUCGGUACUGCUAUAUCUGCCACAGUCUCAAAUAUGACAAGCUGUACAGCGACAAGAAUUCAUUGUGCUAUGUUGUCCUUAUCUGGGUCCUAACAUUUGUUGCUAUCGUGCCCAACCUGUUUGUGGGAUCGCUACAAUAUGACCCCAGGAUUUACUCAUGUACCUUUGCACAAUCUGUGAGCUCAGCGUAUACAAUAGCAGUUGUGUUUUUCCAUUUCCUGCUCCCCAUAGCCAUAGUAACUUUCUGUUACUUGAGAAUAUGGAUCCUUGUUAUUCAGGUAAGGCGAAGGGUUAAACCAGAUAACAACCCCAGACUGAAGCCACAUGACUUCAGAAACUUUGUAACCAUGUUUGUGGUAUUUGUACUGUUUGCGGUCUGCUGGGCUCCUUUGAACUUUAUAGGCCUUGCUGUGGCUGUCAACCCAGAAACUAUAAUCCCUAGGAUUCCAGAGUGGUUGUUCAUAUCUAGUUAUUACAUGGCAUAUUUCAACAGCUGCCUUAAUGCUAUCGUAUAUGGACUCCUGAACCAGAACUUCAGAAGAGAAUACAAAAGAAUUAUUGUCACUUUUUGUACAGCAAAAGUUUUUUUCCAGGAUAGUUCUAACGAUGCGGGAGACAGGAUGAAAAGUAAACCUUCUCCAUUGAUUACAAACAACAAUCAAGUGAAGGUGGACUCUGUCUGAAAAUGGGAAUCUUAGUCACUCAACAGCAUCCAAAUAAAGUAUCUGUUUUAUUAGACCUACUCUUAAAUAUUACAGUGAAAUCUCUUCUACGCUGAAAGCACUUUGAUCAAAUUCCUUGCAUGGUAUUUGGGAACUCAAGUUACAGAGCCUUGACGUGCAGAUCCUGUUAUACAACGGUAAAUCUCUCAUAUAACAACACAAUGAUAUCCUUGAGAGAACUACGAAAUUAUGCAUGGAUACUUUUUAUUUUUCCCUUAAAUGGAGAUAAACAACUAAAACCAGAUUGAAACAGAAGUAUCCACAUUGCCUGGCUCAAUAAAAGAAAUCAUAAAACUAUUCCUACU